AUGCCCCUCCUUGCGCGUUGCCCCACUUUGCUGGCUGCUACCCCGCCUCUCUUCUCUUCUUCUACAAGUGCUGCUCUCUCCCGCUCUCUUCCUCGCUCUUUUUCUUCUUCUUCCUCCCUCCGUUCAAUCUGCCGUCCUUCCAUCAAUCUCGCAUCCAAGUCAAAUACCCAAUUCCUUCGCAGCUUUCACGCUUCGUCCGCAGCCAUGACGAUCAAGACUUUCUUCGACAUUAAAUAUACCGACCCCUCGGGUCAGGAGAAGACCGAGCGUGUCACCUUCAACCUCUUUGACGAGGACGUCCCAAGAACUGCUGAGAACUUCCGUGCUCUCUGCACUGGUGAGAAGGGCUUCGGAUACAAGGGCUCCUCUUUCCACAGAAUCAUCCCCCGCUUCAUGCUUCAGGGCGGAGACUUCACCCGUGGCAAUGGCACUGGCGGCAAGUCCAUUUACGGUGACAAGUUCGCCGAUGAGAACUUCAAGCGCACCCACACCGGCCCUGGUAUCCUCUCCAUGGCAAAUGCUGGGCCCAACACCAAUGGCUCUCAAUUCUUCAUCACAACCGAAAAGACUUCAUGGCUUGAUGGCAAGCACGUCGUUUUCGGUGAGGUCGCCGAUGAGGCUUCCAUGAAGACCGUUAUGGCCAUUGAGAAGACUGGAAGCAGCUCUGGUGCCAUCACCACCAGAACCAAGCCCACCAUUGUCGACUGCGGCCAGCUCUAA